AUGCAGUUCUCCAUCCUCAAGCUCGCCGUCGCUGCCCUGGCCAUCUGCAGCGACUCUGUUCUCGGCCAAACGACCCCAGCCCAGGUCGUCCAAAACAUCGACAUGGUCACCAAAAAGUCCAACGAUCUCAUUGCCCCCGCGCAAAAGAUCUCUCUCCUGAAUGGGCCGCUGAUCAUCGUCGGCCUUGGACCUUACCCAGUAACUAAUCCCUUUCUUCCCUGUGACAAAAAAACAAUCAUCACGGGCUUCGUAGACAUUGUCAGCACCGUCACCACGGCCCUCGCCCAGAUGCAGGGGAUGCCUCCCGUCCCAGCCGGCCCCCAGUCCGAUGCCAUAUUUGAGGCGUUCCGCGAGUUUGUGCGCAUUCAUCAGAUGCUUCUCAACGUCCUCAUCGGAAAAGCCGGUCUCUUUUCGACUGUUCCCUUUAUCGGUGCGCCCAUCGCUGCCGUCCUCAGGCAGGUGGAAAAUAUCGUCGAUACCGUCGCCUUUGCCCUCAUCGAUGCCGUGCAGAGCAGAGCCACCGAUCUCCAGGUACAGGCCGGCAUGCUCACCGGAACCAUCACCACCACGAUCGACCGCUACCAAGGCCUUCAACUUUGA